AUGGCAGCCACUAGGGAUCUUGAUGGAGUCGCCAACUUCUUUAGCCGUUUUUUUGAUCUUGAUCAGGGAGUCGAACUUCCUUCUCUGGAGCAAAUAAAGCGAACAGGUAAUAUUGACAUUCAACUAAAACUACCUGGUUACCCCAUGGUGGGUCGGCGGAAAAAUAAUUCUAACAGUAUGGCCAAUCCGCCUUCCUUGCACCAUCUUUUCGAUGAGCUGCUUUUGAUGCGUGAGAUGGAUCCACGGAAUAUAUCAAGGACCGCUGAUGACGAAGAGGAAGAUAAAAGCCAAAGUGGAUAUUCUGAGGAGGUAUCAGAUCAGGAAGUCGGAAUGACGGUGAGUGCUUCUCAUGAAGGAGAUGAGGAGGAUGACUCCAAUGAUUCAUCUAGUUAUAGCUGUGACAAUAAUGAGGAUUCUGCAAGCUCAGAUAAUGAUGACGCUGAAUUGGCCAAUAUAGCCAUAUCUAAUCUUGAUAGUGUAAGCCGAGCUCAGCCUGACUCAGAGCCUCAUAGGAAACGCGCUGCUGGGGUUGGGGCAGAAGACGUCGUUUGUGCUGGAGAUAAUGCCGGGAAAACAGAGCCUGAACUGAGCUCCGUUGAGGUAAAUAUAAUCACUGUGCCAAGAAGCUUAUUUUAUCGAAAGUAUAAAGACCAAGAUGGGAUGGCCUUUUGUGUGGUCGCAGUCUUCUUUUAUUGUAUAGAGGUUGUUUGA